AUGAAUUACAAUUUGGGUGCCAAGUGGGAGGAGAUGACCACUAAUGAAGAGGAGGAGGAAGAAGAAGUUGAUGCAAGCCUCAAAAUUGCAAAUAAAAUUAUGGCGGAUGCAGGAAAUUGGUGGGCUCAUGAGCAACUUCAUCAACAACCACAGUGGGGCGGCUCAGUUGCAGGUCACGCUUACAAAAAUCGACAACGUGGGCUAGCUAAUCAAAGGUUGUUAAAUGACUACUUCGUGGAUAAUCUGGUGUUCAAUGAUGUCGAGUUCAGACGUCGCUACAGAAUGAGGCGCGAAGUUUACCUUCGCAUGCUUGAUGAUGUUCAGACGGCCAACUCCUACUUUAGGCAGUCAUAUGAUAGCGCUGGCCAACCCAGCUUCUCGCCCUAUCAAAAGAUAACAUGCGCACUCCGUAUGCUUGCCAAUGCAUGCUCAGCAAAUUGCAUGGAUGAAUAA